AUGUGACGCAAAACAGGGGAGCGUAAACGGAUUUCGGCCAUUGUAAUUUCCUCUCGAAAUAUAAACGGGGAUUCCGACGAAAAACUUCUGUUCACAGCCUUAUAUAACGAUAUAAAAGUAAAUUAAAUGACAUAAAAUGUUAUUGCUACCUCUGCUACUCGCGGCCGUGGCGAAACACGAUGCUAGAAACGAGCAAACGAUUUGCGACGGUCUAAUCUUCCAUGAUGUAUACCAUGAUCAACAUAUUCUAUUGAAGAACUUGGGAAGGCCUAACAAUCUGGUCAUGCACAGGUUUACUGGCACUCUGUUCUUCAGUCAAACCAUACAGAGGGGCACGGAUGUCGACUUCGUCAUCAUGGCCUGUCAGAUCUACGAAAAGAAUGCACCGUGUCAAGAAAUCAUGGGAGUAGCUGGGGGUUACGCAAUAGCCUACGACGAAGGUAAUGACGACAUAUAUUUCGGCGGGCACAACGGUAUAUACAAGUACAACUUCCUUAAGAAAUCAGCAGAAUUCUUCGCUGAGGAGGGCAAAUCGAUCUGGGGAUUGUUCAUCCAGAAAAACUUUUAUUACAUAGAAUAUCCGACGCAGAAACUCUACGUUUACCAAAAUGAGAGGUUCAUGCAAGUCGCAGAAGCAAUGAACAUUGAAAUUGAUAAUUUCUUCAUAUCUAAAAAGGGUGAAGUGUAUCUAUCUAACAAAACAGCAUUGUACAAAGUUGAGAAAAUGAGUAAAUAUAUUGUGAUGAUCGAUGAUGAAGUUGCUGUUAGACAAAUAAUAGAUGAUAGUUACGGUGAUGUGUAUUUCUGUGGUGCGGAUGGUGUAUACCUUGAAGAUAAGCCCUAUAAUAGAAUUAAAAAGAUAGCUGAUAUUAACAAGGCCUUUGGAAUGACAUUCGAUGAAAAGGAUAAUGUAAUCUACUCAGAUGAACGUGCAAUAUAUGCUUUACGGCCCAGUAAUAAGAGUGAAAUUUGCUUUGUUAAUUCUGAUAUAGAGUACAGAGAUGCGUUGGAUCUAUUACGUGGUUAUAUUGUUGACUAGGUUUGUUAGUGUUCAGCAUCAUCAUCCAAAUAUGAUAUUGGUAUUGCAUUUU